AUCCUUUUCAUCCUUGUGAAUGCAGACGAACCAAGAAAUGGGCGUGUCUUUGAGUACUUCCGCAUCACAGAGGUCAAUGUCCCAUCUGUCCAAAUCCUAAACUUAAGCUCCGAUGCCAGGUACAAAAUGCCUUCGGAUGAGAUAACCUAUGAAAACCUCAAGAAAUUCGGGCUCAGUUUCCUGAGUAGAAAUGCCAAGAAACAUCAAUCCAGUGAAGAGAUUCCAAAAUAUUGGGACAAGGGGCUGGUUAAACAGCUCGUGGGGAAGAACUUCAACGUGGUCGUCUUCGACAAGGAAAGGGAUGUAUUUGUGAUGUUCUAUGCACCCUGGUCUGAAAAAUGUAAGGCGCUGUUCCCGCUAUUGGAGGAGUUGGGCAGAAAGUAUGAAAACCAUUCCACAGUCACCAUCGCCAAGAUAGAUAUCACAGCAAAUGACAUCCAACUGAUGUACCUGGACCGGUAUCCAUUCUUCAGGCUUUUCCCCACCAACUCUCAACAAGUUGUCCUGUAUAAGGGAGAACAUACCAUGAAGGGCUUUUCUGACUUCUUAGAAAGUCAUAUCAAGACCAGAGUUGAGAAUGAGGAUGAGUUAUUGUCUGUUGAGGAAAAUGAUGUGAUAGAAGAGGAGAUACUAGCUGAAGAACAAGAGUUAUCUUUGAUGGAGAAAGAGUCACUGGAAGAGCCCUCGCCUGAGCUGGAGAAUGUCACCAAGCUGGAACAACCAACUAGUCAGAAGGAAGCAGCAGAGGAGGAGGUGAUGGUGGCUAUACCAACGGAACCUCCAAGACAAGAGAAGAAACAAAAAGUCAAGGAAGAACUUUAACUUCUCCAAAGCGAAGAGGAAAAAUGCCCAUUUUUCAGGUGCUGGCAUCAUUUUCUGAGUGGAAAUACUCCAAUGAAAUUAUAUAUCAUUGUGGUAGGGUGGGUGGGAAGCUGGAUAAUAAAGCCUUGGAAU